UACGCCACUAGACUCGUAGUAUGGCUUGAAAUGGCAUGUAUCCGAGUAACUUGUACCUGGCGCACGUCACCUUCUAGAACAAGACGCCAGAACGCGCUUUUGCCACUGCCACGGUCAUUGCCAGGUGCCCAACAGGUGCCCGCCAGCUGUCGCCUGGUCCAUCCCUCAACAGUUUUUUGAUUUGUUCCAACUAGGAUCUUCUAUUUUCCUUUUUCUCUCUUUCCCAUCUGCACACUCCUUUAAUUUUUGUAAUUCACCAACCCUUGCAAUACCAGGUGCAUUCUCCUGCCCUUUACAGCUCGUCCUGCUACAGCGACAUGCAGGUAGCUCCGCCGCCGCGAUGACCUCCUCAGACCCUCCUAAUACGCCCCAACAAAUCGCGGCCAAAUCGCAAUCAAUAUUAACAACACCCAAGACUUCUAACCAGUCUCUUGGUCCAACGCUUCUACCUUCGCCUAUUGCGCAUGCUGUCAGUUUAGCGACUCGAUCGACGUCCUUUGCUAUCCGCCUCGGUUCGCUUGUUAGCGCGUACGGUCUCGAUGCGGCCCGAUUCACAACGCUCUCCAGUCUCGAACUUGCCCGCGGCUUAGUAGAGGUGGUCCUGAUAAAGGCAGGCAAAGACACUGCUACGAGUGCAAUAGCCGCUGCUGAUGCCGAAUCUGUCUUGGAAAAGAGUCUCGAGAGCCUGCACUAUGCUGUUAUCCAAGUCGUCUUUUGGACGUCGGCUAGUUUCCGACUUACAGGCACCACAUUAUCCGCCGCGUCCGAGGCCAGCCAAAUCGUUCUUUCUUCUCUGGAUAGGAUUUUAGGAUCAACAGAUUCGUCUCGCGCUGUCGCGAGUAUUAUCACGCUAAUCCGCCGCGAAUUUCGAAAUCCCAUCACUGGAAACCAGGGAGAAAAGGUCGGCGUUACAGAUUUAGUGCUCGCUCUUAGCGCUCUGGCAUAUCUUCAACAGUCCUGCUACAGGUUUCGUGAAGAAGAAGACCGAAGACGUUCGUAUGAAGAAGUCAUAUGGGAUGUAGUUGUCCUUAAUGAUGGCGAGCGGGUCGACAUUGACAACCAAAUGGCUUUACAGCGUGGUUAUAGUGAAGACCAAAUACCAUCACCAACAACUCCAGGCGAUAUGCAACAUGCAGAAGAUGAUGUUGUUCUAGAGAGACUCCGACAUCAAAUCAUAUCGUCGCUCCCUGCUGAUACAAAAGUCACAAUAUCCAACUCCGUGUCAACCAUACAGACCAUUGCGGUCGAUGUGGAAGGCCCGGAUUUGCCAGCUCUGCCCACACCUCCUGGAGCAGAGAUUGUGGAAACAAGCAUUAUUCCCGCCAAGCCGCAAUCGAAAUCUUGGCUCUCAUACGGCGGCGAUGAAAGUCAGACGUCUUCAUAUAGAGUUGUUUAUAAGCUUGAACGAGACAAGUUCCGAUCCAUGGUAUUCUCUGGAAAUGGUGCAGAGGACGCUAUCAUGACUGACGCAAAGGAGGACGACCCCAAAGAUGUCAUGCAAUACGAUGCAGCCAGCGGAACAUUCAAGGCUGUGCCAAACAGUCCUCGUACGGUACCGCAAGUGAAGGUCGAGGCGCCACCAAAGCCAGAAAGACGCCUCUCUGCCGGACCACCAGCGACAGGAACGCAAACCGCAGCGCGAGCACAGUCCCGCUUGUCGAGAUCUAUGGAGCCAGCGGCGAACCAGAAGAAGGCUAGAACCCCAGCCAAUGGAACUCCGGAGCGGACCGACAAGCACCGGGCGGACAGCUCUGGAGUACGUAAACCUGUUGCAAAGCGCAAAGGCGACGCGGCUUCCUUGGGUCGAUCGACAGACAAGAAGACAGGCUUGAAGCAGGCACUCAAAGAAGGUGGCCAGUCUCUGUCCAACAUUUGGAACAAAGAUGGCGUUGAACCUAGUCAAGGCUCUAAAAGUAAGAGUGGCACGAAGCCUGAACGACCGCUCUCCACGUCCUCAGCUGGUUCAGUCAAAUCAAAGCCUCUUCCCUCUCGGCCUCAAAGAAACAACGAGCGAACCAUUGCUUCACGGCGGUCGGUUCAAACGCCAGAGAUCUUACCCCGAAGCUCGUCCAGAGCUAGCUAUGUCUCUAUCCAAGACCGCCGGCGCGAUUCGCUCGUGUCUCAAACAGACACUUACACCAUGACCCCGGCCGGCGGACUCCAACCAGCCUCACCAACCGUCCGCAGAUCAGACGUCUCAACGUCGCAAGACAGCACACUCUGGGCGAGAGCCGAAGCAGCAUAUGGAGCCCAUUCGGCAGCCCCACGCCGCGGUCAUCGUCGCCAUGGCUCUGCCUACGCCCCGAGUCUCUAUAGUCUCGCAACCAACGACUCGCAAACAUCGCUCGUGCUCUCGUCAUAUUAUAAGAAGAGCGCCUAUAGCGCAACCGAUGCCCUAGAGACGCUUCGAAGGGAAGGGUUUGUGGAUGGUACGUUUCCGUCUGGCCACUUACUGCCCAACAUUGUCCGAUAUAUGCGCUUCUCUUCGGCGUGCUACGGCUCCAACUUUAUGAAGUUCCUUGGAAUCUCGUCCGACAUGCCCACUGGCAAAGCCUGGGAUACAACCCACCAUGAUGUUCGCCAUUUUGCCCACCAUACAGAAUCAGACGCCGGCAACAUUCUUCUAGCAUCCUUCGUAGAUCCCCAAGGUGGCACCGACGCCACAGGCGCAACUGGUACUGGCGUCCCGCUUGUCCAUUACAUCUCGCUGGACCACGAAGCCAAGGCUGUCGUACUUGCCUGUCGAGGAACGCUUGGAUUUGAAGAUGUCAUGACAGAUAUGGCCUGUGAAUUUGACGAUCUUGUCUGGAAAGGCCACAGCUACCAGGUACACAAGGGCAUGCACGCCUCUGCUCGUCGCCUACUAUACGGCGGUGACGGCCGCGUCUUGUUUACUCUCAAGGCAGCACUACAAGAAUUCUCCGACUAUGGACUCGUCCUAUGCGGCCACUCUCUCGGUGCAGGCGUCACAUCUCUUCUCGGCCUAAUGCUUUCAGAACCCAAUCGCCAGGGUCCCGGCUUCGUCACAGCAUCCGAGUCACUCUACACAAAGAUGAUUACCGACGGCUCCUUUAUAGACCACAGCUUCUCUGACGUGAAACUACCGCCGGGCCGCCGCAUUCACGUGUACGCAUACGGUCCUCCGGGCGUCAUGUCCUCUGGCCUCCGCAAAAUCACGCGCGGCCUCAUCACCAGCGUCGUCCACGGCAGCGAUCUGGUCCCUCACCUAUCGCUCGGACUACUCCACGACUUCCAGGCCCUCGCGCUGGCCUUUAAGAAUAAAGAAAACCGCACUAAGACGGAGAUCCGCGCCCGCCUCUGGGCUGCCUUCCAGAACAACCUCUCUGCUGGCGCACGCCGUAUCCCCUCCAACGACGAAGACGCUUGGAUGCUGCCAGCCCUUCAGGCCCUUCGCGAUACCAUGACCAACAACAAGCUCCUUCCGCCCGGGGAGGUCUUCACCGUCGAGACACAGCGGGUUCUGCGACGAGACGCCUUUGUGCUAGUUAGUGAACGGCAGCUUGGGCGUCCCGCGCAGCGCGUAGUCCUCAAGUACAUCCGUGACGUCGAGGGCCGAUUCGGCGAAGCUCGCUUCGGAACAAGCAUGCUUACGGACCACAGCCCUGCCAACUACGAAAGCGCCCUCAACAAGCUCAAGAUGGGCGUGGUUGAAUAGCUGCCGUCUUCUUGACAUCUCUAAUGUCUACUUUCUCUCUCAUUUUAUCCCCAUUUUCAGCAAGCAUAUCCUUCUUUCUUUUAGUUUUUGUAUAGAUUAGAUUUCUCAUUUCACGAGCACACGAAGAAUGGUAUAAGCACAGUUACAAGGAACAUGUAUUUGUAAUUCUCUUUAAUAGAAACGAAGCUCUCUUUUUUUGUUCAAUCACCAUGCAUCAAACUGUGAAAUCUCCUUCUCUUAACUUGUAUCCAGGUGGUAUUAAAAACAACAAACGAAAUAAAGAAGGCUACUCAAACAUGGGGAGGUUUUUGGGAUAUAGAAACAAAAUAAACAAUGCAAAACGAGAAGAAAGUUACAUAUCAAAACAACACGACCUGGUAGCCGUGCACUUCUUUUUUAGUCUUCAGUCCAGUCUCCAAAGUUGUCACCGUAUGGAUUCCACUCUUGACCAGGAUAACUGGUUGCUGCCAUGACAGGCUCGGCAUCAAGAGGGUCAUAAGCAAUCUUCUCUUCCUGGCUUUCUAAACGAAUGGUGCGCUGACGAGCGUCGGCAGUGUCCUCUAGUUCAAUAUUGAAGCUUGAUGAGGGUUCCUUGGCAGGGCUCUCGCUAGCAACAGCAGCGGUGGUAGUAGCAGAGGCAGCUGCUAAUGGAGCUGCAACAACUGCCGCGGCCUGGACAUUUUCAAUCACUGGGCUGGGCUCAGCUGGCUUUGAGGCUACAGAAGCUCUCUUGGCCUCAUUGACUGGCUCGGCCUUGGUUGGCUUGGGGAAUGCAGACAUGGGCGUAACCACAACGUCUUCAGGCUCCUCGUGACCUGUGCCAACGGCAAUCUCGGGUUGCUUUUGAACAGGUGGGCUCGCUCUCGGCUGUUGCUGUGGUGGUGCUGGUUCAUCAUGAACUAUGCGCACACCAGGCGACGACACAGGUACCGUUUCCCGGACAUCACGCUGCGACUCAGGCGAGGGCUCCUGGGAUACGUGUGCUGGCUGACCGUAGCCAGAGUGGCGAGGGGGUUGAGGAGAGACACUUUGGGGAGAAUGGCUUGGAGGAGCGUUUCUAGGUAGGGGUUGUGAGAAUUGGAGAUCCGUGCGGAUAGGUGUCUCUGGUUCGCGAUGGUUUGCAGCGCCAGGGGGCGGCUGUCUCAUCUGAUUAAGCAGGGUUCCUUGAAUAGAUGCGGGUGCAGGUGCCUGAGGACCGGGGAAGCCUACGGGCAUGGUAGAAGAACGCGCCGAGGGUUGCGGAGGGAAGUAGUUGUUCUGCGCAGACAUGCGAUGCUGAGGAGAAACAACAUACAUUUGCUCAUGCGGCGACAUGGGCUGUGAUUGGGACUGCUGAGGGGGAUCCCCCUGGCCAGGGCUUUCCAGAUAAUGGUUAUAGUAGCCCGGCGCAGACUUGCCGGGCGAUGUGACUGGAGCAUCUGCCUGCUUUGAGCUGCGCUUGAAAGCAUCCAUGAGUUUCUUUCCAGAGUGACGGUCAGUACGAUCGCCCUUGUCUGCCUUUUCUGGUUUGUCCUCUCGGCUCAUGCCUUGGGACAUGUUGUUCAUCUGCUCAGUCAUCUUGCUACGCAGUCCCUUCCAGCGAGAACCGCCUUCGCGCUCAUUCUUGUCCGGGGCAGCAGGCAAAGCCUUGUCCAGGCUCAUCUUGGAUCUUGGAGAUGCGUUCACAGGCGUUUGAGAUCCUGGAGCGCCAUCACCCAUAUGAGGAGGGAGGUUGUUGCCAUACACCGCUCCCAUGUUGGGGUGCUGUUGUUGUUGUUGAGGCUGCUGAUAGGCUUGUUGAUACGGUUGCUGAGAGUGCUGGGGUUGCUGCGAUGGGUGAGCAGAGCCAAGCGGGCGUCCAUACUGAUCAACAGGAACAGGUACAGGGCCCAUGGGUCGGCCAUAUUGAUCAACGCGCAUAUGACCAUAUCCUGGUGUUCCUCCCAUUGGCGGUUGAGGUGCCUGUUGGGCGCGGUUCCAGCCGCUAGGAGGUGCAGGCUCAUUGGCACCCGAAGCGGGGUUGAAAUUUGCGGCAUGUUGCACUACUGGAGGUUGCAUAGGAGUCUGUUCUUGAGAAGGUGUUUGCCUAUCAGUGGGGGAUGCAACAGAGCUUCGAGAAACAGUCGUAUCAGCAACAUCACUCGUAGAGUCAUUUGUAUCUUGACGAGAAAUCAUGGAGCUAGCAAGAGAAGUGAUGGAGGGUCUCGAUUCGGUGGGUGCCGUGAUAGCCUCAGAUUCUCUCCUCUCUUGUUGCUCAGGUUCAUGAACGUCUUGAUCGCCUCGCUCGGUUCUGGUAUCAUCAUCUGCGCUCAUCGGGCGCUUCCCACUGCCAUCAAGAUCGGGGAUUGCGAGUCCCUGGUGCGGCAUUUGUAGAGUUGAUCCCUCCAAAGUAUCAGCGGAGGGAUCGCCUGCUUCAGAGCUCAUCGAUUGUCGCACGCCGCUAUCACCAUCAGCAUGUGGUUUGAAAGGAGCGGGUGUAGGUAGUCCAUAGGUCAGUGGAGAUGCCGUUGCAGGCUGCGUCCACAGUUGCGAUGUGCGUCUCUGCUCGAAAUCAGUCGAAUUGCGGUUGGAGUUGGCCCUAGAGCGAUUGGCUGGAAUAGAGCCGUCUCUUCGUUGCUGCGAAGGCGGUCUAGGGAUGUUUUGCCAGUUCUGCGAGUGAAUCGACGAAUCAACAGGUCCUUGCUGAGCUGCCUGGGGCUGGCGACUUGGGUCAGCAACCUCGCCAGUGCGCUGGUGUGAGCCAGAGCGACGAGCAAAGAAGUUUGCCAUACUGGAGCCUCUACCUCUCGGUGUGGUGGCUCCAUCGCCAUUCUCCAUGGAACCGAGUGUACCACUGCGCUGUCGUGGUGCGGCCCAAUCGUUGGAACCUGGGCGCGAACCCUGUUGCGAGCUGAAAGUGCUGAGCGCAUUACGAGACGGUGGUCGAUCUGAUCCAUCGGUAUUCUUGGACUUGCGGAAAAGCUUGGUCAUGUCUGAAAAUCGCUUCUUUUUGCUGGGAGUCGUAGCCUCAUCUUCGUACUCGGGUCGCGACAUGGACAUGGACAGUCGUGAACCAGUUGAGGGCAAGAACUUGUUUUGCGCUGCUGCUAGCGUAUUCAUAAACGACUUGCGACGGCCUUGGCUGUCCUCAGUUCCAAACGACAUAUCUGUAGCGGCGCGCUUGGGCGGACCGAAAGAAUCCUGGGGUCGACUCUGCUCCAUAGAGCCUCGGCGGCCGAGGUUCAUCAUGAAGCUAGAGCGGCGCUUCUUGUUGUCUUGCAUGUCUUCGGCAUUCUCACUGGUAUACUCAUCACGUGUGUUGGUUCGCGAGAGUCUACCAUCAGCGUUCGAGGAGAAACGGUCUCGCGAGGUUGCACGGGCAAUCUUAUCGCCAAUCUGAUUGAAAAUGCCGGAACCUCUCUUGGAGCGACCACGCUCUUCUGGUCCAGGAGGGCCCAUUCCAGCAAUGCCAAACUCGCUGCUUGUUCCCCUCGGGUUUGGUCCAUCUCCUCUCCACCCAGCUCCUUGACCUAGGUGAGGCAUUGCUCCAUCCCCUUGAGGCGCAAACAGACCAGGGUAUCGCUGAGCGGAAGAAGGUGGCAUAUCUUGAGAUCGUGGCUGAUUGGCACCGCCAAAUUCUGGGCCUUGUGGUCCUGGGAAGCCGGGACGUCCCUCAAAUCCGGGGAAUGCAGGCGAACGAGAUCCGCUGGUACCGGAUCGGUUACGAGACACUUGGUUAAGAGGUUCUGCAAGAUAGCUUUCUUCCAGUUUCCAUGGACCAGAACCGGCAAAGUGCUGGUUGGGCAUCAUCAUUGGAGGACCACCUGCAUGAUUCGGAGGAGGCAUGCUACCAUUGGGAUACGCAGGGCCGGCUUGUCUGAAUUCAGGGCCGUGUUGUGCCACCAUGUUGCCUUGAUAUUGCACAAGUCCGUUACUUGGAGCACCGUGGAGUGCUUCACCAGCAUUGGCCGCAGAAGGAGUCUGAACCGCUGCUUUGGCGCUCUCAGAGAUUGGAGCAGCAGCAGCAGCAGCAGCUUGCUUGCCACUUGUUGCGGCUGACGCAUUGUCGUCCGAGAUAUCAGGCUCAGUAGUAGCCGUGUGCUCGGCAAUGGGUGGGGUAGCAACACUACGCUCAGGUAGCGAGACAUCGUCUUCAUCAAGUGCAAAUCUAUCCUUUGCUUCCUUUGCCUUCUUUGCUUUACUCAGUCCAAACGUGGACGAUCUUCGAAUGGGAGGAAGACCGAUGAACGAGGCAUCCCGUGGAGUUACAUCUUCACUUGCUUGAGAUGGCUGUAUCGCUACACCACUGUCCUGCGCAGCAAAUGUGUUGGGAGCUGUCGCCGGUUGGGUCAUGUCGCGAGUAACGCUGGCCCAAUCAUCAUUUGAUGCUGAUGCCCCAGAAAGCGCUGUGCUUGGUACGGGAGGAACGGCCUUGUUCUUAUCAGCGGCCGUGAUAGAGUCCUCCUGUUCUGCGACAGCUGCUGCCCAUGGAUCAUUCUUGUCUGCUGAUGGCUCAAUCGGUGAGAGCGGUUCUGGCUGAGGAAUCUGGGGAGCCAGCCUGCUCGAGACACUGGGUGAUGGAGUAUGCUGCUGGUGCUGCUGAUGCUGUGGAGGCUGGUAGUGGUUUACAGCUGGGGGAGGGACAUCUGCUUUUCGUUUGGGGCUGAUAUUCUUGGGACUGAUAUUCACAGCCCAAGAGGUGCGUCGGUCAGGUUUGGUCUUUUGGGCUGGAGAAGAGGGAGACUCGGCCUAUUAUACAGUCAAGCAAUUAAUACGGUGUCUCAUCACACACAGCAACAUGGAGUUCGCGGUAGUUGGGUGGGCAGUUGGGUGAAGUGUGAUAUAUACGUGAUGUGAAAUUCCUAUCUCAUGUACUCGUUCAGGUCGUUGGGAAUUCUGCAAAGAAGCUGGCAUCAUGCCUCUCUUAUACAGAAUGCCAUACGCCAAAGUUCAUAUCUAUCUUCAAACAAGCGGAAGAAGAGGAAAUAAAAGAAAAACGACAAAGUCAUUCUGGUGUAAAUGAAAGGGGACUAGGGAAUGAGGGGCAAUGGGGGGGGCAGGUGGAGUGAAGUGAUGUGUGGUGAGAAGAAGCAAAAAAGAAAGUAGCAAUUAGUUAAAUACCUUUUCCCCGCUUCCACGCAGCUUGAUUUUACCCUUGCUAAGAAGCCCCUUGCCCAUCUUACCAGCGGACUGCAUAAAUUCUUUGCUCUUGGUGCCCAAUUGGUUACUCGAGUGACUGAAGGAACUUGUCGUAUUGGCGGAGGGGAUACUGAGACCACCUAGGCGACUUCGAGUGGUGGUGGGAGAAGAAGUCGUGGCGUUGAGAUAUUGCUGAUAAUAUGGCUGUUGUGCAGGCGGUUGCUGAGCACUAGACGCGGUACCAGGCGGUCCAGAAGUUGGAACAUAGGCCAGCGCUGUGGACUUGGUCAGAUGCUCGGGAUGAUCGUUUCGCAAAGUUGUAAGCCACUGAUCCAAGCCACUGUCUGUAGUGGCAUAGCUGACCCUCGUCUCGUUGAACGAGGCAAUGCGUUCCUUCGAAGAGCCCAUUCCCAUAAUUUCCCGGAAAGACUUUGUCUGCGCCGCAGCUACAGGAUGGGCAACAGGAGGCAAGACCUGGGGUACCCAACCAGCAGACGGCUCAACCAAGGCGGGAUGGUCGGCGAUGGGCGGCGACUCUGGGACAACGCGUGACGAUGUUUCUGUCAGAGCCUUUUCGUCUGCGAGUGACAAGCGCGACAAACGAGACCCGGCAGCAGACUUGUCAUCGAUGUCUUCCGUAACAGCAGAAACGCUCUUCUGGUUAUCAGCUUCAACUUGGUCAACUGGUGCAGCAGGCUCGGGAGGAGUGAUGGCCUUGGUUUCGGGAACGACAUUAAUUCCAGGUACAGGGCUAAGAUCCUUGACAGCAUCUACCGGUUUAGCAUCGCUUCCACUAGUUGUCACCGGUUUGGCCUCUUGCGUAGGUUGCGUUGCAGAUGCUUUGUUAGCCGCAACACCAGCUACCACGGCGGCUCCAGCAACGGCAGCGGUUGCUGCGACUGCUGCAGCAACAGGAGCAGAUGUCGCAGCAGAUGGUCCUGGAGCAACUGGAGCGGCUGGAGCCUGUUGUAAAGCUUGCUUUGGUGGUGCCAGAACCUCUUCAUCUCCUUCCCAUGAAAAUCGGCGUCUGGGAUUGCGUUGGUUCGCAUUAUCUGCUACAGGAGUUUGAGGAGCCAUAACUUCGGUUGGCAGAGCAGAAGCAACACGAGGCACAGGCUGAAUGUGCUCUUGCACAGGCGCGGGCUCUGGCACUGGUACUGGUACUGGUACUGGUGCAUUAGUAUCAGCUUUGGCAACGACGGGCUCCACAGGUUUUGAGGCCAAGGCUGGAGUAGGCGCAGGGACAGGAGCCGGUUGUUCCUGCGAUUUAGUAAGGCCAAGUGGCGUGGCGUGUGCCCUCGCAGCAUCGGAGCCGGCAGCAGCGGCCGGCGGGGCGCUAUCAGCCCAGUAUGUAUCGUAGUCACUGAGGGUAUAGCUGCUGUCACGGACCUUGUUGCGCUCUUGACUCUCCCGCUCAGCGAGUGAAGCAAUACGUGGGUCGGGAUCGGGGCUCAGAGUUCGGAUGAUUUCAUCUCGCAGUACAUCACUUUCUUUGACAGGAGAUGAGGUAUCAGUGUCGAAGGUGCCAGCCCGUUGAAGGGGGGGUGGAGGGUCCAAUACAGGACUCUCGCCUUUGCGAACCUGCAACGGCUGCGUCGGUGUGACUUCAACAGAUUGGGUAGGUGCUGUAGUGACAGGUGUUGUGAGCUCGAUCGGUGUGGCCUCAGCUCGUGUUUCUGGCGCUUUCGUUUCCUGUACAGCUUCGUCCUCAGGCGCUGUGGCAAUUUUGGGGGACUGAACUGCCUUUGUGUCAACUGGAAGCAGCUGAGGCGACUUCUUCAAUGGUUCUGAGGCGGUAGCAGAGGCCGAAGUUGUAGCAGCAGCAGCAGCAGCAGCAGCAGGAACAACAGCGGGAGUGGCAGCGGUUUCGGGCUUAGGCUCAGGCGUAGGCUCAGUUGCUGCUGUCUCUGCAGGGCUCUCUGGUGUUGCUGUCUUCGCUGGUUCCGCCGGGGCUGGCUCCACUGGUGUCGCCUUAGCAGGUGCUUCGAAUUGCGUAAGAUCAGGAGUCUCCGGGAUGGGCUCCGUAUUAAAGCUAUUCGUAGUAGAUGAAAAGAAGUCAUCCGAGCCAAAGACUGACAUGCGGGCCAGGUCCGGUAGCUUCGGGCUAGUAGACAUACGCCUAUCAUUGGUUGGAUGGCUUAGGAACUGUGGUGCGCCGCUGUGAGCAGGUCUCUGACCAGUACUCGCCUGCGGGCCAUUUCCGUAUUGUGGAAGGGAUUGGCCACGAGGGGGCGUUUGGAAAGAAGCCGGUGCCUGUUGAGAGGGUGCAGCCGGGCUAGAUGCUGCAGCAGAAGGCUGAGGACCAGCUGGCCUCGAUUGAGGAGCAACUGGGCUAGCAGAAGCUACUGGGCUACCUGCGUGCUCUGUAACUGGGCUUUUGGCCUGUUCCAUUCGACGGUAGAUGUCCGAAGGGCGGAUAAAGGCUGGUCUAUUUGCGGGCGGAGCCUGUGCUGGCGGAGCUGCAGUAUGAGGUGGUGGCUGCGCAAACGGCACAUUGGCCAAUGGAGGUGAGACCAUGCGCUCAGAGGUUGCGGUAGGUGGUGUUAUAUUUGCCGAAGCAUCGGAUAUGGCAGGCGAAGCCGUACGCAAAGCAGCCUGUUCCUGGUGCUGUGUACGAACUUGAAGGGAAUGAGGAUUGGGCACCUGCGACGGCAGAUGACUUGUAGUUACGGCGGCCCGGGCGCCCGGUAGAGGGGGAAGCGGUGCUUGGUUGCGAGGGGGUUCGUCGUCAUCGUCGAAUUCGUCGGCUCCCCAGUCGUCGCCGUCAUAGUUUUGCGUCUUGGCCUCGACCCAUUUCUUCGUCUUUUGUCGACUGACGUUGACUUGAUAUGUGGGAUCGUGUGCUUUAUCCGUCGGC